AUGGGCGGCGGUUACUCACGAGUCGACAUUCCCGAGGCAGCGGGCGGCGCGGAAGCUCCGACCAAGGUACGCGUGCCGCAGAUCCGCGCAGUGGUAGAAGCGGUCGACGCGGGGCGAGGGGAUGAGAGGGGCGCGCCCCAGCCGUGCGCCUGUGACCCACACGCACAUCACCUCGCCGCUCUCCUUGCGCGACCAGCUCUCCUUGCGCGACCCGCUCUCCUUGCGCGACCCGCUCUUCCAGCCCUUCCGCCGCCUCCCUCUCUUCCCUCCCUCCGUUCCCUUCCCGCCCUUCCCUCCCCCUCUCUGCAGCUGGGGGAUGCGGAGCAGGCGCAGCGCAAGGCGGGGGGGACGUGCGGGCGCGUGGCGCCCGAGUUCUCAGUGGGGGGCAUCGCCAUCUCACAACUCGCACUCACACCGCUGCUGCCGCCCUCCCAGCCGGUUCAGCCACCCCUGCUGCCAGCCGCCGCCCCUUCCUCCUUGCCCACUCUUCCAAUUCCUGGGAACGUUCCCCCUCCUGCCAACAUGUCUCUGCCCGUCAACGUCCCUCUCCUUGCAAACAUGUCUCUCCCUGGCAACAUGUCGCUGCCGUCCUUGACUGGCCCGCUGCCCACCAACCUCACUCUCAACACCGCUCAGCUCGCUGCGGCCGUCAAAGCUGCAGCCACUGCUACCACCCUCCCUGCCAACUCCACCCACCCCGCCUCCCCUGCUGCUGCUGCCGCCGCUGCCGCCACCUCUAAAUACCUAUCCCCGCUCGCCUCAUCCCCGUUAUUAACAUCUCCACUUCUUGCCAAUGCGAACAUCACGAUCCACACGCCGAGCGGCACGACUCUACUGGGGCUGCUGGCAGCGCGGGAGGCGGAGCUGGAUGCAGAGCUGAAUGUGACGGUGGUGGCGGGCAACAGCAACCACGUGGGCAUCUCCUACGAGUACGUCACCAUCACCGCUCGCCACCUCGGCUCCGACGUCGGAAAUGCUUCGAUCCCGGCGUUCCACCAGCCACCGCGCAGCAACACCACGGUGGAGGGGCACGUGCACCUCACCCGCCUGCCCCUGCACCUCCUGCCACCGCCCUCCUCCUCCUCACCCCUCUCCGCCUCCACACUCUCCCGUGACGCCCUCUCUGCCCAGUCCACUCUGCCGCUACAGCUGGCAAUAGAGGCGAGAGCCAACGUGGACGUUUAUAAUAUCGGAACUCCUUAUGUCACGGUAUCUCGUCCGCGCUCGAUCGGCGUCGCCUUUGAGAUCAAUCCCGAUCAUUUCGUAACUGAGAUUAGUCCGCCCUCUCAGCACGCCCCUCCCGCUAGCCAACGGUCCCAGCAGCAACGACACGCGCGCGGCAGCAUGGGGGACAGCGAGGAGCGGCGACAGCAGGAGGGGACGGGCGAGGGGCGGAUGGGGUGGCUGUCGGCUGUGGCGAUCGGCGCUAUCACUCCCGGCCUCAACCGCCCCACACUGGUGCUCAUGAACGCCAUCCUGGGCGGGCUGCUACUCUCCUUCGCCGCUCUGCUGCCCGCCGCCCUCCACUACUCCCGCCCCCCUGCAGGGGACAGCGGCAGCAGCGGGAGCAGCAGCAGUGGCAGUGGCAGCGCGGUGGAGGGCGGCAGCAGUGAGAUGCUGUAUCACGUGCUCUUCCUGCUGCUGCUCACUCUCCUGCUCAUUGCUCUGCUCAACUGGUUGGCGUGGGAGGUGGGCACGGUGUCUGCCGAUUCACAGGCACGGCAGCUGCUGGCACCUGCUGGCAGCAGCCAUGGUGCUGCUGACGCUCACAAUGCCAUCGAGUCACUGGAUCUGGAUGCCCAGGAGGGUGCAAGCGGGCUGAGAGGAGUGCACGGCAAGAGACAGAAGAAGAAGCAUCAGAGCACCAAGCGGAGCUCCAAGGGAAGGCGCUGA